AUGUCUGAAGACGACGAUAGGAUCCUGGAGUGCGACUACUGCGGCGACGACCGGGGUCUGUGCGACAGGCCUCACCUGGUAGAUAGUCGGUGCUUCAGUAUUAAGCUCGACGGGACAUUCAAUGUUGAAACGGAGGGUAUGCAUGUCACCUUCGAUCUUCGUGAUCCUGAAGAUGACAUGGACGAAGAUAAUGUCGACGAAGAUAAUGUCGAUGAAGAUAAUAUUGAUGAAGCUAAUAUCGGCAUUUGGGUCGACCCUAACAUGAGCAAGGAGGAGAUCACGAGCUGCGACGGCAGCACCAAGAGGAAAGGAGAAGCAAGCGAUGCCGAUGCUAGCGCCAGCGCCAAGAGGAGGCAGAAGAUGAAUGUCACCAUGAGCAUGGAUGUCCUGGACUGUCCCAUCUGCUCCAAGCCCCUCCGUCCUCCCAUUUACCAGUGCUCCGUGGGGCAUGUGGUCUGCUGGUCCUGCCGCCAAGGCCUCCCGGAGAGGAAGUGCAGCACGUGCACCGGCAGCGUCUCCGAGAGAUGCCACGCAAUGGAGCGCGUCGUCGACACUGUCUUCGUCCCCUGCAAGAACGGAUGUGCCAACGAGAUUGCCUACUGCCAGCAGGAGGGGCACGAGAGGGAGUGCCCCGCCCGCCCGUGCAUCUGCCCGGUCCCCGGCUGCGGCUUCUCAGGGCCGACAGCGGCGCUCCAGGACCAUUUAACCGGCCUCCACAAGUGGCCGAUGAAGAGUUUCAAGUACUUCGUACCGUUCUUCCUGCGAGCAGUGCGGCCUGGAUCUCAUGUCCUGAGCUGCGGAGACGGCCGCCUCUUCCUGCUCCCGGUGGCGACGCCCGUGGAGCCCCUCGGCCGCGCGGUGUCCCUCAUCUGCGUCCGGCCGAACGCGCUGGAGUCCCCGGUCGGAUGCUCGGUGUGCUUCUCGUGCUUCAAUGGCCAUUACCAGGUCUCGUCGCUGGGCGUCGAGACCUUGUCUCUGGCGGAUGGGCUGCCGACGCAGUCCUUCUGUGUCUUGCCCAAGGUUGCCCGUGACAAAACUGAUGACGUCAUGCUUUGGAUCACAAUGGAUACAAUUUUCCCUAUUGACGAUGAUGAGCUGUACGAGGAGGACGAUGAAGACGAUGACUACGAGGAGGAGGACGAUGAGGACAAUAAUGAUGAUGAUUGA